GGGGUCCUUGAUUGCACACCACCAAACACAAAAUGGCUUUUUUGUACAAGGUUGUCUUUCCCUUGGCGUUAGUUUCCAUGGUGUCUGCUGGUAGACCGGGAGGAUACUCGUACAAUCGCUUCAGUGGGCCGGUCAGCGGUCAGAUUGUGGAGGUGCAAGUGCCCGCAGCAGUGGGCAUUGCGGCCCAGCAGCACGCUGACUACGGAUACGAUCACAACACGGGCAAAAUCCACCCGGACACCGCCAAAUAUGCGCGACUACAGACUGUUGACUAUGUUGCUAAACCCGACUACCAAUACGCAUACGGAGUAGAAGACCCUCACACUGGUAACCUGCAGGCGCACAAAGAGCAUCGUGAUGGAGACGUCGUCCAUGGGGAGUACUCUCUCGUGGAGCCCGAUGGUUCGGUCAGGCUUGUGCGGUACACUGCUGACCCCAAGAAUGGCUUCCAGGCUACAGUACACAAGAAGGCACCUGGACAUGGGCAGCAGCAGCAGCAACAAGUACAACGACCGGUCCACUAUGGACAUAACCAAGAAGACGACUCUCGAGAAUACUAGUCUCAACAACCUUUUUGACAGCGAUAAACGAUGGGGUGAUGAAGUUAAACUUCUUAAUUACGAACUAUUUCGAAUAUUGUUACCAAUCUGGUAUCUUCAUCACAAUCUGGUAUCUUCAUCACAAAUCUGUCUUUCAGCGUUGUUUUUAGAUAUAUAAUACCUGAAUGUUCAAAAGUAAUAUUCAAACAAAGAGGAUUAACCUUUUGGAGAAGGAUAGACAUUUACGGCAAUGUCUGUCUUUCUCCAAAAUUCUUUGACAAUACUUUCAAACAUUCAGGCGUCAGUAUUAUGUUGACUAUUUAUAAUUUUAGCAAUAUUAAUAAAUUAAACGGGUAUCGAAAUAA